AUGACAGACAGCUAUACCACACUCUUCCGCUCAGAAGAGAUGUCUCUUAUUCAAGUGUUUAUACCGGCUGAAGUUGCACACACUUGUGUAGCUGAGUUGGGAGAGCUUGGCAAGGUGCAAUUUAGAGAUCUAAACCCUAGCGUCAAUGCGUUUCAGCGCACAUUUGUAUCUGAAAUAAGAAAACUGGAUGAAAUGGAGAGACAAUGCAGAUUUUUUCAGGCACAGUUAGAGAAAUCCAACGUACCCUAUCAAACGAUUGAACCUGACGUCCAUUCCUCGAGUGCACGCACGGCACAAGAGAUUGAUGACUUGGAAGAGAAUCUGAAGGAUCAUGAAGUGCGCAUCACGCAAAUGAACAGUUCAUACGAAACACUUUUAUACCGUAAUUUGCAAUUAGCUGAGCUCCGUCAUGUUUUGAAAGAAACAUCCGUGUUUUUUGAGCAGGUAGAGUCUAGAAAUCAAUUACAGCCAUCAGAAACUGCCAAUACGUCUGCUACAGCACCUUUAUUAACCUCAAAUGAUGAUGAGGAAGAAGGUGGAAGUAGCCAAGAGACGGGUCAUAUCGGCAAUCUUGGCUACGUAACUGGUGUUAUCCCAAGGGAAAAGAUACAAACCUUUGAGCGUGUGCUUUGGAGAAUUCUGCGAGGCAACUUGUACAUGAACUUUGCUGAAAUUCAUGACGAUAUCGUUGAUCCCGCCGAUACCAACAAGAAGGUGCAAAAAAAUGUAUUUGCAAUCUUUGCUCAUGGUCAAGAGGUUAUCAACAAGAUCAAGAAGAUUACAGAGAGUAUGGGAGGCACUCUUUAUACUGUAGAUGAUGCUAGUGAUAAGAGACGCGAAGCCCUUGCCGAGGUUACAUCACGUAUCAAAGAUUUGGAUGUUGUGCUUACUCAAACGAAAGAAACUCGCCAAAACGAGCUCCUGAAUGUGGCCGACAAUCUCAAUGCUUGGUUCACCACUGUUCGCAAGGAAAAGGGAAUCUACCAUACUAUGAAUUUGUUCAAUUAUGAUGUCAAUCGGAAAUGCUUGAUCGCUGAAGGGUGGUGCGCCAAGAAUGACACGCCUAUCGUCAAUUUGGCUCUCAAGAAUGCCAUCGAAUCAUCUGGCACCAACAUGCCAUCUGUAUUCACUGAACUGGAGACCAAGAGAAAGCCUCCAACUUAUCACAGAACCAACAAAUUUACAGAAGGUUUCCAAAACAUCAUUGACGCUUACGGCAUUGCUCGUUACCGUGAGGUGAAUCCUGGUCUCUUUACCAUCGUUUCUUUCCCCUUCCUGUUUGCUAUCAUGUUUGGCGAUAUAGGCCAUGGCUUUUUGAUGUUUUGCUUUGCUUUCUACUUGGUUCUCAAUGAAAAGAAAUUAGCUAAUGUCAAGGAUGAAAUCUUCACCAUGUUCUUUAGUGGUCGCUACAUGAUGUUAAUGAUGGGUCUCUUUUCUAUAUUCACUGGCUGCAUCUACAAUGAUAUCUUUUCGUUGUCUCUCAACAUAUUCAGGUCAGGCUUUGAUCUCCCUGCAAAUUACACUUCGUUUGAAACCGUAGAAGAAGUACCAAAUGGAAAUGUCUAUGCUUUUGGAUUUGAUCCUGCCUGGCAUGGUUCUGAAAACUUUCUUUUGUUUUCCAACUCUUACAAGAUGAAACAGGCUAUCAUUAUUGGCGUCAUUCAUAUGUCUUUUGCUAUCUGCCUGAAUGUGUUCAACCAUGUCUAUUAUGGCAAGAGUAUUUUCGUAUGGCUUGAAUUUCUACCUCAAAUUCUAUUCAUGGAGUCUGUCUUUGGCUAUCUCAUCUUCUGUAUCAUGUAUAAAUGGAGUAUCAACUGGUGGGAGCUCGACAGUCAAGGCCAUCAUAUCCAUAAUCCACCACCCAAUCUGUUAAACAUGCUGAUUUACAUGUUUUUGACGCCUGGUAAAGUCGACCCCCAAGAUCAACUUUAUAAGGGCCAAGGCACAGUGCAAUUGGUUUUGAUUCUUGUGGCGCUUGUUUGUGUACCUUGGAUGUGGUUUGCUAAACCAUAUUACCUCAAAGUACAACACGACAAGGAACAAUUGCAUGCACUGUCAGAGUCCGAAGAUCCAGAAGCAGCUAAUCACUCUACAGCUGUUGUUGCAAAUGAUGAUGAUGAGGAAGAAGACGAGUUUGAGUUUAGCGAAGAAAUGAUUCAUCAAACAAUCCACACUAUUGAGUUCUGCCUCAACUGUAUCUCAAAUACUGCCUCCUACCUGCGUCUUUGGGCUUUAUCGCUGGCCCAUGCUCAACUGUCUAGUGUGUUAUGGGACAUGACACUAAAAAUUUGGUUCAACUUUACCGGCCCUAUUGCUGUAGCAGGAUUAGUUAUUGGUUUUGCAAUGUGGUUUGUAUUGACCAUUGGUAUCCUGCUCUGUAUGGAAGGCUUAUCUGCAUUCUUGCAUGCUUUGCGUUUGCAUUGGGUUGAAUUCGAUGGCAAAUUCUACAUGGGUGAUGGUGUCAAGUUUGAACCAUUUUCCUUUAGUGCGCUACUUGCCGAAUAA